AAGUCGGGCUUCAUAAAAUAAGCCCAAUGGGCCGAAAAUCAACAAUUUCGGCCCGUAUAAGAUAUCCUCCGCCUCCCCGUUACACUUCGGCAGCUCACAUUGCUGAUUUUCGCCGCCGUGAGCCACCGUCAACCGCUCCUCUCCGCCCUCAUUUUCCCCCUCACCCGUCCGUGCUCAGCUCACAUGGCUUCGGACGACAAAAUUGCAGAUCAAAUAAACCCCAAUUCUCCAUCAUCUUCAACCUCAAAUUUAUCUUCAUCGAAUCCGGACCACUGGAAACAGCGCAUUCUGAUCCCCACUGUGCUCGCAGGGAUUGCUGGUGGAGCUGUAGGAUUGGUAUCAAAACACAGAAAAGUUCACGGCCUUUCAGCGAUUUCAGCGACAUAUGCUUCGAAUUUUGCUAUCAUUACCGGCUGUUACUGCGGUGCGCGUGAAUUUGUAAGGGCGAGUAGAGAAGGGAAACCGGACGACUUGCUAAACUCAGUUUUUGGAGGGUUUGGUAGCGGAGCUAUUCUUGGUCGUCUUCAAGCUGGCCCAGUUGGCGCUGUUCGUUACUCUGUGAUGUUUGCUGUUGUUGGGACAGCAGUUGAUUAUGCUACUUCUAAGAUUAUGCCCGCCAUUGACGAACUCAGGGAGAAGGACGACUGGCUUGCCCUACCCGAAUGGUCGCCAAUCAAGAUACUCGACGAAGAGGCUGUCGCUGCAAAACGUGCUCGAGAGCAACAAAUCUACAGAGAUGUCCAUAAUAUGAACAAAGAAAAAUCUUGAUAUAUCUGUGUCAUAAUUAUGCGUGACAUGUAAUAAAUCUUUGUCUUGUUAUUUGCUUCUUGAUGAAGACUGUUCCUUUAAUUGGCUCGACAUAAGCUUCAAUUAGGUUUGAGUGAAAAUGAAAUUUUUAUGAGUGAACUUUUUGCUUAGAAGAUCCAUACUGAGUUAGAUCGAAGAUCAAUUUGCUCGAAAGAUUAAAUCCUGUAACACAUUUUGUAAUUUUCAAGCAAAUUUUGAAACAUUGUAGUAAUAUAUUCAGUCUCUUUUUGGAGAAAAUAUAAUUGAGUCUUUUAUUUGUAA